GGAUCCGGGAUCCGGGACCCGGGCGGGUCUUACCCACUGGGCUGUGUGCACAGGUGCCAGCUGGCGGGACAGCCUUGUAUUCGGGGUACCCCUGCCCGUGACGUCGUGGGCAGGCAGCGGUUUGCCGGACGGCUUAGGGGAUGCCCGGGGGUGCGGCGUCCCCCCAGCCAGCUGCGCAGGUGCCCAUGGUGCCACUGCAGAGAGCUACCCUGGGAGUCCUCAGCACCCUGCCCUCGCUCCAUGAGCCUUGGGGACUGCGGUGAGGAGAAGAGCUGCACAGUACUGCUUCCAUCCAUCGCCUGCCUGCCUGCCCUCCUGCCCCGUCCUGUGAGGAACCCGGAAUACAGCUCCACGUAAAGGACAACCACCAGCACCACCACCACGUGACCAGAUGGGCUGUCGCACGCUUGCAGGUUCUGGAGCUCUUCCGCGGCCUAAGCGUAGCCUUGCCUCACUCUUGUCAACGCUCAUUACCGGACAAGACCACAGUUGAAUCCUUCCCACGUUGAUGGCCAUUACGGUUUUUGUAUUUUGCGUCAGGGUCACUACCGUGAUGAAAAUCCUCGCAGGGUCUUCUCUUUGCACGUUUGCUGGCUACUUUGCUUGGGCGCAGACCUCGUCACGGUCAGUUGGAGAGAGGAGCCUGACGGCCGCGCUCUCUCUCAUGAGUUGUCCUUGAGUGAGGGUAGCAGGGAAUGGAAGAGGAGGAGGAAAGAAAAUUAAGAAAGAGAUGUGAAUCUCGGGCUGUCCGGCAGCCAAGGUCACAAUGCUGCCCCUCCGUCACGCUCUGGCCGUAGCUGUCGUCCACAUCUUUAUCUUAUCAGAAAGCUGGGCUUUGGCCAAGAACAUCAACUUCUACAACGUGAGGCCGCCUCUUGACCCUACACCAUUUCCAAACAGCUUCAAGUGUUUUACCUGUGAAAAUGCGGGAGAUAAUUAUAACUGCAAUCGAUGGGCAGAAGACAAAUGGUGUCCACAAAGCAGAAGUCAGCUACCCCUGCGGGGUGUGCUCCGGCGUCGCGGGGUUCGAUGCUCAGCCCUGAGAGGCAGGGGAGUGCUCCGGGGAAGAGCACAAGCCCCAGAAAACUGCCCAGAUACGCGGUACUGCCUGACAGUUCACCACUUUACCAGUCACGGAAGAAGUACAUCUAUCACCAAAAAAUGUGCCUCCAGAAGUGAAUGUCAUUCUGUUGGCUGCCACCACAGCCGAGACUCUGAACACACAGAGUGCAGGUCUUGCUGCGAAGGGAUGAUCUGUAACGUGGAGCUGCCCACCAACCACUCCAACGCCGUCCUGGCCGUGACGCGCGCCCCGGGGACGUCGGGGGGCCCCGCCCCCCGCCUGCAGCUGCCCGGCCUGCCCGCGCUCGCCUGGGCCUCGGUGCUGCUGCUCCUGUGAGCCCCCCAGAGCCGCCUGGAGCCUCCCGGAACCCCCCGGAGCUGCCUGGAGCCCCCCGGAGCAUCCCAGAGCCCUCUUGGAGCACCCCGGAACCCCCCGGAGCCCCCGGAGCUGCCUGGAGCACCCCAGAGACCCCCCGGAGCAUCCCGGAGCCCCCCGGAGUCCCCCAGAGCCGCCCGGAGCACCCCAGAACCCCCCCGGAGCUGCCCGGAGCCCCCCGGAGCACCCCAGAACCCCCCCGGAGCCCCCCAGAGACCCCCUGGAGCAUCUCGGAGCUGCCCGGAGCCCCUUGGAGCACCCCGGAACCCCCCGCAGCUGCCCAGAGCCCCCCCGGAGCCCCCCGGAGCAUCCCAGAGCCCCUUGGGGCACCCCGGAACCCCCUGGAGCCCCCUGGAACCCCCCGGAGCCACCCGGAGCCACCCGAAGCCGCCCGGAGUCCCCCAGAGCCCCUCCGCAGACCGCGUGGACGGCGCCCCUGGGCGCGGAGACCCGCCUGGCGCUCGGCGGAGGAGCGGAGCCCGGAGCCUGGAGUUCGGACCCCGGGGCAGGAGCAGCCGUUCGCUGGGCCGAGACGCUCCUGCUCCAGCCACAGGGUUGAGGACGGGACGUGGGAAGGAAGGAACGCGUGGGGCUCGUGUGGCUUCCGGGCCCGAGGGCCUGCGUGGUGUCGCCUCUGCGAGGAGGAACCUGGUGGCACCAGCAGCAGGUGGGGGGGUAAGGGGGGGGCCUGCGCCCCGGCCUGCCCAGGCCCCUAACUGAACGCACACCUUGACCUCGGGACUCUUUCAGCAGCUGCGGGGUCAGACCCUCACCUCUCCGUGUGAUCAGCUCAGUGUGUGUCUCUGAAAUCUCCCCCUUCCCCUGGGACAGAGCAAGCUCCCCACCAACGACCUAGUCCGAGUUAAAGGGAACUAACUAUGGGAAGGAAACUUCCAGCUGAAUGAAUAGGAAACUUACCUGCUCAUGUGGGGGGGGAAUAAAGCUUUUAAAUUAUACAACGUA